AUGUCUACUUUUUCAAAGGACAAUACUGGAAAAGCAUUAAUUGCAGGUUGCUUUAGUGGAAUAUGUCAAAUAAGUAUAAGUUACCCUAUCAAAUUAGUUAAAACUGAACUGCAGUUGGAAGAAAAACUUGGUAAAGGGAAAAAAUAUAAUGGAGUUAUCGAUUGUAUUCAACAAACCAUUAAAAAUCAUGGAAUCCUCGGCCUUUACAGAGGAUUAAAUGUGUUUCUUUAUGGGGCCAGAUCGGCUACAACUUUUGCAGCUUUUGAAACAUUAAAAACUCAUUAUGUUGACAAAGAUGGUAAAUUAAGUCCGAAAAAUAGAUUUUUGUGUGGGUUGUUUGCUGGAGCUUUUGAAGCUGCAGUUGUUAACACACCAUUAGAAGCAGUUGAAUGUAAACUAAUAGAUGAUAGAAGAUUAGGUAGAUCAAGGUUUAAAGGGUUUUUGCAUGGUGCUGUUUUAAUAGUAAAAGAAGAAGGUGUUAAAAGUCUGUACACAGGUCUUUUUCCCUCAGUUUUAAAGCAAUCAGGUAAUCAGGGAAUAAGGUUUUUCGUUGUUGGUACAUUAAAAAGUUUAUAUCAAAAAGAUAAUCCUAACACUCCUGUCCCAAAGAUAUUUGUCGGUUUUUUCGGUAUGGUUGGUGGUUUUAUUAGUGUUUUCGUUACAAAUCCUAUUGAUGUAGUCAAAACAAGAAUGCAGGGAUUGAAUUAUAAAAAAUACAAAAACACAAUAGAUUGCUUUAUAAAAAUAUGUCAAAAUGAAGGGUUUUAUUCAUUUUAUAGAGGAGUGUCACCUAGAUUAAUAAGAGUAUGCAUGGAAGUAUCUGCUACUUUCAUAACAAUUUGCUUAUUUGUUUCAAUCAUUUAUUACUUGACUCGAUUAAAAAAAAAUUUUCACCGUUUCGAAAUGAACAUGUACAAAUCUUAG